CAUAACCACUGAGCUACAGGUGCUGAGCUGCAAUUCCCAUUUCUAUGAGUACAGUAAUGUGAGUAAUUAUUAUUCUGUUGAUUUGUUUGGGGAAUCCUUUGCAAAACCACUGCUGAUAUUUUUGGGGAAAAAUAUCAGACAUCAAAUUUCUUCCAAAACAAAGUGUGCUGUUAGCAGAUCCUGUGUAGAACACAUCAUGGCUUUCGACUAUCAAGGGUUGAUAAUUCUUGAAGUUGGCAGAGGGUAUGAUUGCUUUAUUAGGUUGUUCUGUUGUUGUCUUCUGAAGAACAAUGCCAGGACAAAAUGUGCCAUUAGUUAAUGGAAGGGCAGGAGAUGGCUGAUCAGGCCACAAAGAAGCCUCCCAGGUCCUGGCUCCUCCUGUCAGUCUGUCAGAGUGUCCUCCUGUUGAGACGGUAUUUAUCAGGAAGAUGUGCUCAUUAUGAAACACUAUUUGACACUUAUUUAAAAACAAUAAUUUCUUUUAUUUGUUUCUGUAGGAGCUUAGAAAGAUUGUACAAUGAAUGGUGAUACUCGGGCCGCAGUGGUGACCUCACCACCCCCAACCACAGCCCCUCACAAGGAGAGGUACUUCGAUAGGGUGGAUGAGAACAAUCCAGAAUACUUGCGGGAGAGGAACAUGGCACCAGACCUUCGCCAGGACUUCAAUAUGAUGGAGCAAAAGAAGAGGGUGUCCAUGAUUCUGCAGAGCCCUGCUUUCUGUGAAGAGCUGGAGUCAAUGAUACAGGAACAAUUUAAAAAGGGGAAGAAUCCCACAGGCCUCUUGGCAUUACAGCAGAUUGCAGAUUUCAUGACCACGAAUGUCCCGAACGUCUAUCCAGCUGCCCCACAAGGAGGGAUGGCUGCCUUAAACAUGAGUCUUGGUAUGGUGACUCCUGUGAAUGACCUUAGAGGAUCUGAUUCAAUUGCAUAUGACAAAGGGGAGAAGUUAUUGCGGUGUAAAUUGGCAGCAUUUUAUAGACUGGCAGAUCUCUUUGGGUGGUCUCAGCUUAUCUACAAUCAUAUCACAUCCAGAGUGAGCUCCGAGCUGGAACAUUUCCUCAUUGUACCUUUUGGGCUGCUCUACAGUGAAGUGACCGCGUCCAGUUUGGUUAAAAUCAAUCUACAAGGAGACAUAGUAGAUCGUGGAAGCACUAAUCUAGGAGUAAACCAAGCGGGCUUCACAUUACACUCUGCAAUUUAUGCUGCCCGACCAGACGUGAAGUGUAUUGUGCACAUUCACACACCAGCGGGGGCUGCGGUCUCUGCGAUGAAAUGUGGCCUCUUACCAAUCUCCCCAGAGGCGCUUUCCCUUGGAGAAGUGGCUUAUCAUGACUAUCAUGGCAUUCUGGUUGAUGAAGAGGAAAAGGUUUUGAUUCAGAAAAAUUUGGGACCUAAAUGCAAGGUCCUUAUUCUCCGGAAUCAUGGGCUCGUGUCAGUAGGAGAGAGUGUUGAGGAGGCCUUUUAUUACAUCCAUAACCUCGUGGUUGCCUGUGAGAUCCAGGUUCGGACUCUGGCCAGCGCUGGAGGACCUGACAAUUUAGUCCUGCUAGAUCCUGAGAAGUACAAAGCCAGAUCCCGUUCCCCUGGGUCUCCAAAAGGGGAAGGCACUGGGUCACCUCCUAAGUGGCAGAUUGGUGAGCAGGAAUUUGAAGCCCUCAUGAGGAUGCUUGAUAACCUGGGCUACAGAACUGGCUACCCUUAUCGAUACCCUGCUCUGAGAGAAAAAUCUAAAAAAUACAGCGAUGUGGAGGUUCCUGCUAGUGUCACAGGUUACUCCUUUGCUAGUGAUGGUGAUUCGGGCACUUGCUCCCCUCUCAGACACAGUUUUCAGAAGCAGCAGCGAGAGAAGACAAGAUGGCUGAACUCUGGCCGGGGCGAUGAAGCUUCCGAGGAGGGGCAGGAUGGGAGCAGUCCCAAGUCGAAGACUAAGUGGACUAAAGAGGAUGGACAUAGAACCUCCACCUCUGCUGUCCCUAACCUGUUUGUUCCAUUGAACACUAACCCCAAAGAGGUCCAGGAGAUGAGGAACAAGAUCCGAGAGCAGAACUUACAGGACAUCAAGACGGCUGGCCCUCAGUCCCAGGUUCUGUGUGGUGUAGUGAUGGACAGGAGCCUUGUCCAGGAUGCGCCCCUCUCUGACUGUACGGAGACUAUCGAAGGGCUCGAGCUCACAGAGCAGACCUUUAGUCCCGCUAGAUCUCUCUCUGUUAGAAAGGGGGAGCUGGUGACAGCCUCCAAGGCCAUCAUUGAGAAGGAGUACCAGCCCCAUGCCAUCGUGAGCACCGCGGGUCCCAACCCUUUCAACACGCUCACAGACCGUGAGCUAGAGGAGUACCGCAGGGAGGUGGAGCGGAAGCAAAAGAGCUCUGAAGAGAAUCUGGACGAGACUAGAGAACAGAAAGAGAAGAGCCCUCCAGACCAGCCCACUGCUCCCCAGACUCCCCCCAGCACUCCCAUAAAGCUUGAAGAAGACCUUCCACAGGAGCCGACUUCUGGAGACGACAGUGAUGCUGCCACCUUCAAGCCAACUCUCCCUGACUUGUCCCCUGAUGAGCCUUCAGAAGCGCUUGGCUUCCCAACAUUAGAGGAAGAGGGGGAAGCCUGUGGACUCCCAGGCCCCACCAAGCCCCAUACUGUGGCCACCCCAGCCCCAGCAGCUGAAGAAGCUGCCUCCCCAGCUGCCGAGGAGGGGGCUGCCAUAGACCCUGGCAGCGAUGGGUCUCCAGGCAAGUCCCCAUCCAAAAAGAAGAAAAAGUUCCGUACCCCUUCCUUUCUGAAGAAGAGCAAGAAGAAGAGUGACUCCUGAAGGCCUGCCCUGAACCCACACUGUCGUGUCUAAAGUGACCCUGGCUCCUCCAGAGUCCCUGAUUGCGUCUGCGCCCUGUCUUUUUGUGUAAUGGAAUGCAAAAAGCCAAGCCCUCCAUGUAGCUAGAGCUCCCCUCACUCGACAGCCUGUGCAGCCCGGUGCUAGCAACUAUGCCCUGCAGUUCCUGCCCAGCCCGUGGGACUCAGGUUCUGGGGACAGCUUGGGCUCCACCUGCUCCUCUGGGAUGUGACCUCCCUGCGGUGGGGAUGAGUCACUAAACCACGGUCCUGGCCGGAAGGUAGUGGAGGUUUCUGCCAGCUCCGGCUGUGGGCAUCACCUGCUUGAGCCCCAACCUCCUCUCACCCUCUGCCCUGUAGGGGCCCAUUCUGCCUCCGCUCAGCUUCUUGCCGCUCGCCGUGUCUCAGGUGACUGAAUCAGACUCUCGGCUUCCUGCUGGCAUUGUCUGCUCAGUAGUCUCACUUUCUUUCUGUACACAAAGCCUCAGUCCUGUGAAAACACUCGAGUGCUCACCAGCAGCCCAGGGCACCAUGCUGCCUUGAAGUGGUGGGUCUGGGCUGGCAUUGGGCAGAGACCCCAGCGGCUCACUAUGCGUGGCCUCUCUGGUCCCCUCAGCCAGAAACAGGUUCAGGAGCUCACAGUUUCUUAUUCACUCGGGUCUCUGGAUUCCUGUCAUAGUUGGAAGGUAUAUCAGGAGAGGGAAGAGUCCUGUCUAGAAUUAUCUUUUAGCAUGUUUACAAUUCAGCCUACAUUUUUGACUGUGAACACAAACAAGCCACUUCUUUCAUUUUUUUUCUAGAGCCUAUGGCAGACUGCAACAGAGCACUGCUCACCUAUUUGGGAGAGGUUUCAGGGGAUCUUUCCUCACCUUAACUCAGCCUGAAAGAUGCCCUGGUCUGGUAGAAAGUGACUUGAGGCAGAUGACUCUGCAUCAGUUACAAAGCCUGUAACUCACUCUCCUCCAUCAAGAUUGUUACCAGUUUUCACUUAACUCCCUAUAAAAGGGCCUGAAGCUGCUUGAUGGGAACUGACCAGAUGGAGUCCUCAAUGGUGACCCAUCCCAGGAGCUGCCAGGUGCCAGCCUGGCUGGGCGCAGGCCAAUGUGCUGGGGCCCAGACAGGCCCCACCAGGGAGGGGCCCUUGGCAGACAUGGUGCCAGAUGUGGGCUCUGGGUUGAACCAUUUGGCCCCCAAGCAAUACCUGGGGCUGGCUGCGUGGCGCUGAUAGCACCUUAAGCUUCCUGUGACCCUGUAGGGCCUGCUGCCCUGGCACCUGAGCUGCUUUCCUGUGUGCCGUGGCUGCCAAAGUGGCGUUGAUGUGCUUUCUCUGUGGGCUCUUUUUCUGUCCCCUCCUCUUAUCCUUCCCUCAAUCCCACAUAUACAAUGGCUUUUAAUUUUCACUUUUGUAGUUUAACUCUUUAUAUUACAUGAACUAAAGUUGCAUAUAUGGACAGACUUGGGAGGGCAGGUCCUGAAUUCCUUUCUUCAUUGUAACAUGUUUUACUCACAAAUAAAAUUCUUUAAGCAAUUUCCUUGUCUAAA